AUGAAUGAUCCCAAAAACAAUUCCGUUUCGGCCGCUCUCGGUCUGACCUUGGUCGAUUAUUUGGCCUUGGUCGGAUUCGACAAGGAAAAGGGACUAGAGGUAGGAAUUAUAUCUCAUCUAAAACGUCUAAACACACAUUGUGUCAUAAAUUGUAUAAAUCAUCCUUUUACAGCUUGAUAGAAAUGCAGAAUCAGCAGCUGAACUUAGUGGAUCAAUUUUAUCCAAAGCCCCGUUAGAUAGAGCUUAUCAAACCUCCAUCCUGCAAGUAUUCCCUCCCUCGGAUCGAGUCGGGUAUCCAUUUACUCCCGAGAUCGCCCAAUUAUGUAUGCCUAAGGGUCUGAGGUUCUACACCGAGAAGAAGGUGCCCGCUCAGACCGAAUUCCACUCAUUUGUGUUGACAAAAGAGGACGGAAGCAGGACUUUCGGAUGCGCUUUUACUUUCUAUGAGGUAAGAAUUUCAUUUUAUACAUUGAAAUGAUUAAAAUAAUUUUUUUGAUGGCAUUUUAUAUCAUCCAAUCUCGUUUUUAGCCCGUUAUUGAUAUCCGGGUCCGUCAACAAAUGCUCGAACUGAAUCAUCAAUACAUCCAGCAGAAGGUGGAGUCGGACAUCCCAUCCAGAUAUGAUAAUCACGGUCAUCAACAGACCCACACCCUCCCCCGCAACAUAUCCUCCACUUCUCGUCGCAAUUUCUCGCAUCGAGAAAGUUAUUACGACUCGACGAAUAAGAAUAUCUUUGUCUCCAAAAGUAUUUGUGUCAUCCAGAGAUUGCCCAUCUUGUUUUCGACUCAACAUCUUUUGUGUUCUCUGUAUAUUGCUGGAUUUACCCCGAAACGAUCCGAGUUUUCGUUGGAACAGCUCAUCUAUUGGGCUCUCCAUCAAGUCCCUUUGCCGAUUCCGGGGACCAGUUUACAGUGUGAUUAUGGAGGAUUGGAGUUGGCGGUGAGAAGACCGGCUUUUGGGGAUCUGCACUUCUUUGACUACCCAAUGUGUGACCUCUUUGGACUGCUGGAUGUGGAGACAUUUGUGAGGCUAUUCACGUCAUUCAUGCUAGAACAUCAGAUAUUAUUAUGCUCGAGGCGUAAGUAUUUCAUUUAUUUUGAUCAUUUGUUUCUUAUAAGAGCCUAAGGCCGUUAUCUUUUAAUCAUGAACUUCAAAUUCUGAACCCGUGUUAGUCAUCAUUUUCAGAUAUGGAUAGAUUAAUGUUGGUGGCCGAAUGUCUCUCAGUUCUGCUCUUCCCCUUCCGCUGGCAACUUCCCUAUGUCCCCAUUGUCCCGUACUCUCAACUCAACUUCAUUGAAGCUCCUGUCGCCUAUUUGUUGGGGUUCUGUUAUGAAGAAAGAAUUCCAGAUCAGAUCUUCCAAGUAAGUUCGCUAUAAAGAGAUCAUCUUAUUAAUUUUGGGAGACUUGGCUUAAUUCUACUUGCAUUUUAGAGUAAUAUUUGCAUUUUGGAUAUUGAUUCCAAGAAAUUGGACACCCCAGAAGAAGUUCAGACGUUCCCUCAGCACGACAAAUUGGUGAGGCAAUUACAACGGCUCUAUCUACGGUAAGAAGUUUAUAUUUUUAUUGUUGAAUUUUUAGAUUCCAAACAAAUCCAAACAACUUCUAUGGAGACAAUGGUGUCAAAGAGGAGAUAAAAGAGGAUAAGAAGGAGAUGAGCCCAGUAAAAGUUGUGAUGAGAAGAGAUCCGGCCGUCCAACAGAGGAGAAACAACCUUAAUCGGAAGGGAAUCGUCGAUGAAGUGCCUGAAGGUAAGGCUGGGUUUUUUAAACUUCAAUUGAAAUCCAUUUUUUGCUCAUGCUAUUGCAAUUAUCCUACCUAUUACACUUGCGCCUGAUGUAUUUAUUUUCGUAGGUGUUGCGUUCCGUCAAGCCCCUCCAGCGGCCUCGGACUGGACUUCGAAACGGAUGUCCCGCUCCUUCGACAAUUCAGAUUCUCUGGAUGCCUUCAAAGACGAGACCACUUAUUUCGAUGAGGCGGAUGACCCUACUUAUAACAAUAACAAUCCCAUCCGUGACACGGUACCUCAACCCAAGCCGACAGAGAAUAUCCAAAAGUAUUUCAACGCACUGAAUUUUAAUACGGCAGUCCGAGAGCUCUUCCUCCAUCAUUUUGUUCAAUUAUUUUCGAAUUACGAACAAUUUGUGGUAAUCAACAAGAUGAACGACAAGAUCAGGGAUUCGGUGGUGGAUUUCGACAAGGCUUCGUUUCUUUCGGACCAGCCUGAUUCUUAUUUACCAUUCCUGGCAGCGUUUUUGGAGACUCAAAUGUUUACCAGUUUUAUCGACGCCAAAUUAAAGGCCCAGUUUAAUGAGGUUGAUGAGAAUCUGCUGUUAUUCGAUAAAAGAAUCAGCGAUUUGAAAGUCCAGUUACAAGGCAAUGGAGUCAACAGAGUGUCCAUGAUCAACCAAAUGCCAGAGUUUAACGCAAACGGUAAGUUUUUAGGAGUGGUAUCAUUUUUAUGUUUCACAAUGACAAUUGUUAUCCAUAUCUUCAGCCGUGACCCUGCCAACUCCUCGAUAUCACUACGAAGUACCGCCGCCUUCAUCCCAUUUGGCAUCAACUCACCGAGAGAACAAUUUGUCCUGCUUUCCUGACCUUGACCCAGAUCUGUUCGAGAUCCCUUCAACUUCUGGCGAACAAGCUUUACCAUGGAUGGCACCCAAUAACAAAGCAGUAUUACUGGCAGCAGAAUUGGAUGAGCAGAAGAGAACUCAAAACAUAGCAUCGCCGAGGAAAAAACAACGGAGAAAAAGGGAACCAGGCAAGUAUAAGGAAAUUCUUAUCGCAGGGAAGAGAAAUUGAACGUAGCCUCUUGUAUUUUACCUUAAAUUUGUUUGUUUUAGUCACCACAGAUUCUAAAGAGCAGAACUAUGCGUUUGUGAAGCAAUUGCUGAAGGAGACAAAAGUCAAGACGAACAGAUUACUCUUAAUGAAAAUGGGCAAAGAGGCCUUACAUCUUGGACAUCAUGACUCGGCAGUUCAAGGCGUUGAGGAAAACACUAUUGUCGCCGGAUUCUGCGAUUUGUUGGACCGAGUUUGGGCCAAUGAUUUGAAGAAAAAGACGGCAAUCAACGAUCGAAAUUGGAUGUCGCAGGAUGAGAAAAAGGUAAGGGAUACUGUAAGAUGACAUUAUUAAAAUAGAACCAAUGUCACCUGCUCAAACAUGACUUAUUAUUUUAUGAAUCCAGGUAUCCAUUCAUUGUCCGAGUCUAUUAUUUACAAUGUUUUCAGAGAAAAUCCGCCUUAUGGACCAAUAUUUUCCAUUUUUGCGAGAAGAACAAGCCAGAUUUGGACCGAGCGGCCAAACAUAGCCAUCCAAAUGUGUCUCCAGGUAAGCCCGCAUUCAACUUACAAGUUGCCCUACGUUUAUCUUUACACAAACUCUCUUAUAUCACUCUGUUCUAGCCCUUAUGUGGAUUAUAUUCCGAAAGCGAAUGGAAUGUAAGCGAAAAUUUAGAAUAUUUGCGCUGAUUUUUGGGCUUGCGCGCUACCGUUUUUGAGGCCUCGGUUUGGUUGUAAAUGUUGUCAUAGUGCGUAAAAUGUGUUUGAGAAAGAAAUUGUGGAGUUGCAAAGAGAUUUGUGGUGGUUUUGGAUGGCUAUAGACUAGUGUUAUAUCUGAAUUGUCUUUCCUUUUCUUAUCGGUUGCGUAUAGAAGUGUUCAAUACCAUCAACAACAACCCGGAAAGUCAAGAACAAGACGAGGAGGAGUCCAACGCCUUCAGCGAGAUCAUCCAUCAGAUUCGAAAUCUGGCGGAUACGGUAAAAGAGCCGGAUUCUGAAGCCCCUGCAUGGAGUAAAUCAAUUCUUCGAGUAGCCAAUUUUAUCACCGACAAGAUAGCCAACGGUCUUGAAGACGAAAUUAAUCCAGUGGAUAACAACUUCAAUCGCGAGCCCCGAGGGAGAUCUGUUCAGAGGUCCAAUAAUAACCCCAUGGAGAAGAUCUUUGGAUGGAGAUCGAAUUCUGUUGCGCCUUCUGAGGGGGAAAAUGAUGUGGUUCGAGAAGAAAAGGAAAUUAGACGACCUGACAGAGUCGGGUUGCCACCCAUUCCUCAGAAUCACCCUCAUUCAGCCAAUGUUUACAAGCAUCCAGAGCCGGCUAGGAGAAUAUCGAGAGCUGGCGCUAGACCUCCAUUGCCUCGAAGUAUUCAUAAAUCAAGUUCCGUUAGUGGUAAGAUGUUGUACAGUAAUUCUGUUUUGCUACUAAUCAGCCACUAAUCAAGUCAACACUAAUCUUUGACUAACACAAUCAUCAUGAUUAACAUCUAGCCAUACAGUUGCUAUAAUAUCACUUAUACUGCCUACUUGCACAAGUUUCACUGCUGUUUCUUUGUUGGUUUGAGACCUACCUUCACGCGCUGCGUUAUAACAAUGCUAAUCCACUGCUGCUGAUUAGAUUAAAUUAGGUGAAAGAAUGCUUUGCAAUGCUAACUCUGAGUUGAUUCAUGUUGCUAUGAGCUGUUAACUAAUAGAAAAUCUCUUUUUAAUACUGAAUACGUUUUAGAUUUUGCUCCUCAAUUGAAUGAAAACAAACCUCCACCAUCUCAAUCAGCACGUGAACCGAGAGAUCAUUCAGUUAGUCAACAAAGAAGAGGGAGAGAUCAAUCCAGAGGGCCUCAUAAAGAAAGAAAAAGAUCGUUGUCGAGGAGUAGAGACGCGGAUGAAAAGUUGGCUGAACUGUCCCCAUUACCGACAAGUUUAUUAUUUGAUUUCAAGUAAGAACUUUCUCACUAUGUCAUCGUCUUAUCUAUAUGAACUAAUCUAAAUCUUUCAGUAACAUCUUCCGAAUGACCGAAAUCCGAACGGAUAUUGGCUAUGCCCGCGCUUUUGUGCGCUUAGCCCUCGAACGAAAACUUCUCCAUUCCCAUCUUAAAACCAUCCUCUCGGACCAACGACUACUCCGUGAAUUAUAUCGUCGAUCCGCGUUCUUGAGAUCAGAAGACGAGAGGGAACAAUUUCUGUACCACAUCUUAUCCCUCAAUGCCGUGGACUUCACUUGUUUCACAAACACGUUCAGAUCGACUCGAAUGCAAUAUGAAGUGUUAUUAGUCGGUACCCUCGAUCGAUUCCAAUCAGCAGGUGUCUGGAUUAUGUGUGCUGGGACCUUGGGGUCCACUCAAAAGAUUCCUUUACCUCCAAAUAACCUACAGUUUACAUUCGACCAUAAAAAUCUGGGAAUCUUGACGACGCUGAGAAUUGGUCAUCGCGAAAAGAUUUCGAAAUGGCUGUUACAUUAUGUUUUGGUCAGGAAUAAUAUUACAGGACAGUUAUACAAAUUCAACUGCAAAAAAUGGUUUGGUCGAUCAGUAGAAGACGGAGCUCUGGAAAGGGUUUUGGUGGCUGAAAUGGUUAGUCAACGGAGGAAUGAAGAUGAAAGUCCGACGGAACAAAGCCAACCCCAACAAUAUUUGAACUCGGUCAAGAAUCUCAUGUCCACUUCCAUGAUGAAUAAGUUGGCCAGUGCUCACGGAGGGAGUCUAAGUACUUUGGUUUCUGGUGAGUCUUUUGUAGUUGUUUUUUUUUUGAUCGUAAGUCAAGCCAACAAAUACUAUUUUAGGUGCGAUGAGCCGUCCGGAGAGUCCAGUCUCAACCCCCAUCAAAGAACCCCAUCGCCGUCGCUCUUCAUCUCGCUCAGAAGUCGGGUACCCCCAGCACUCUUCCCGCAACCAAUCCCUCUCUCGUCCAGGCCAAUACAAUUACUACUCAGCUCGAGAAAGUUCUCGUCAUCAGAGGUCUCCAUCUGUGAGUGAAGUCCCUUCCAAAUCCUGGGAUCAACGCACAAAUGAACUUCAACAUAGAAUUGGAGAGGCCGUCAACGCAUUAGUCAAGCAUUUCUACAGUCAAGGACAAGUGGGGAAUCCAACAGCUAAUCUGACUCAACUUUUAUGUGGAGAAAGAGGAUUAAUCAAGUAUCUGGAGCAAGUGUUUAUACUGGGAAGAAAAGAUUCGCUCUUCAGAUUCUUCGGCAAAACUUAUCCUUGGGAUUAUAUUGGUAAGGGAGCAACAAGCGUGAUAAAAGUCUUGCAGAGAAAUCUUUUGCCUGGUUCGCCAGUCUGAUCCCCACUGCCUCAGGCAAAGCGUUAAAUAGAGACGUGAAAUCGAUUAUAAUAUAUGCCUAUGACAUGGUCUCAAAGAUCGCCUCUAAUGCAAAUGUUGGCAAGGAAGGGAAAUUCCAUGCCUUUCUACUUUUGACUCUGAGGUAAGUCGUCAGUCCUUAUAUCACCGUCUUUCCAGAGACCAUCAACUCGCAGCUCUUUUGCCAUUAAUGGCCAAGACCCCAGUGACCAAAGAAUUCUACGAUGACAGCUCCAUUCUCAAUCAACCAUCCCAAUUACAAGCACUGAGCCGAUUACUAAGUGCUCUGGAUGAGUUCAAUUUCAAUUUGGAAUCGUCCCUCACCUAUGGGAUCGGAAUUUAG